AUGAACACGCUAAGCAUUUCCCUCAUCUAUUUCCUUCUUUCUAUCACUCUUGCAGCCGACUUCAGUGCUUCCCAGAUCCUAUUUCAGAUCCAGGAACGGGAUCUAAUUUGCCCCACCGACAGUGCUUUGCGCAUUCUAUCAGCUAAUGCAGACGUCUAUGUAGCUUCCAUCGAUGAGAAAAUCAUAGUCAAGAUUGGUCCAAGGCUUGACAUUGGGAAGCUAGUGCCUCCAGCCUUCAAAAUUGCGACUUCUGGAAAGGAUUACACCGUGUGGGAGAAAAAGGAAUGA